GAGACUAGCCUAAACGUUAGCUGCUGCUAUGAACUUGGAAGGCCUCAGUUCAAUGCUGAUGAACACACCAAUAUUCCCAUUACUAGCUUUACAUUAGAUGACUGCUGAAAGGAGGAGCUGUGGUCGUGGCUAUGGAGUUUCCAGAAGACUUCAAUCAGCUUGAGCUGCUGGAGACACACCAGCACCUCAUUCCUGUGGGAACACAGAGCCUCUGGCCUGAAGAUGAGGAAGAGGAAGAUGAUGAGGAAGCAGAAAGGGAGGGUGCUCGCAGUGAGGAAUGGUACCAGCAGCAAGAGAAGAGGCAGGAGAACAGGCCUGGGGAGUUGCUGCUGUGGUCCUCUGAGAGGAACAGACUUGCAACAGUUUGCCGGCUGCUGUCGGCGGACCCGUCGCUUGUGCACAGCCGGGACGAGGACAGGUACACACCCCUGCAUCGUGCAGCGUACAGCGGUCACCUUGAAGUGGCGCGCACGCUGGUGCGUCACGGCGCAGAUCUCCACGCCCGUACAGUGGACGGCUGGACUCCUCUGCACAGCGCCUGCAGGUGGAACAAUGCUGCUGUGGCGUCCUACCUCAUCCAGCAGGGGGCGCAGAUCAAUGCACAGACCAAUGGCCUCCUCACACCUCUACACCUGGCAGCUGGCAACAGCAGUGCCAAGCAGACCUUAGAGCUGCUGCUGACACAGCGCCAACUACAGGCUGGACUGAAGAGCAGCAGUGGCGAGACUGCCUUUGACAUUGCACGCAGGACAAGCGUGCACUACCACCUGUUUGAGAUUGUGGAUCCCUGCAAUAACCUGUUACCACAGAGCUGAAUUUGAGAGGCGGGCUUGUAAAGGCAUGUCUGCCGCAACGUGCCCCAGGACCAACUCAUGCAUGUGCGGUAUAUAAGGGUAUGACACUGGAUGCAAGAAAUGCCACACACCAAAAUAAAACUGAUCAAACAAUAAAAGAUGCAGUUACCAUUUUUUUUAGGGUUAGAACCAGUAUCACAGAAUUGAAUGAUAAUUCCGGGGACGAUGAUUCUCUGAACAGCUGUGAGGAAAGAUCAAAGGAAUAAAAAUCCUCUUUGAAGGGAUGCGUCCUUGAGUGUGACGCACACAAUGAGCGGACACUUUUAAACUGUAUAAGCUGCCAGUCAUAAACUAAAUUACUGAGGGGAGUGGUUCCUGCCAACAACUGUAAAAAGUGAAUUAGCAUGUGAUGUUUGCACUGUCCUUCUCUGACUUCUCACAGCAUAUGCAUAGAAAUCAUACCUAUAUAGUGAUUUCUUUCAUGUCAUAUUUCAAGGUACAUGUUUGCCUAUUUUUUUCUGAGUUUACUUCCAAAUAGCAAAUGGACAGACAUGAGCAGAAUGAAAGUCAUGUCAAAAUUAUGAUGCUUACAAAAAAUAAAAACAGAAUAAAAUCUGUUUCAGGGAGGAGCCACUUGAAUGCAGCUGUUUUAUCUUGCCAGUAUCAUAUAUUGUCGCUAGAAUAAUAUCAGGACUCAGAAUGUCAAUAUUAAAACUGAUGUCAUUGUGAACACUGCUCCCUGUUUGUUCCUUGAUAAGCGGUCACCUUAUAGUCGUAGUCCUUUCGGCUCCUACCGUUUGCAUUUGCAAGAUAAAUAAGCUUGACCUCUCCUCGGGGCACAGUAAAACAGGUUUUUCGGUGCCACCAGGGUCACUUUCAGCUGGUUUCUUGCCUUUUAAUCUGAUUGAUUUUCUUAGCUUUUUUCAACCACACUUUCAUAUCUUGGCCAUUAAAGUAUGGCUCCCUAGAAU